AGCGGCGGGUGGUGCUGGGCCAGCCAAGUUGGAGCGCGCCCCGCCCGGCACACUCCCCGUCCCCGCGCCCUCCCCGCCGGGGCGCGCUGCCCGCAGCUCCGCACGCGCCGGAGUGGCACCGGGGAGGGCGCGCGGCGCGGGCAGCGGCCGGCGAGGAGCUCGGGGCGGCGGAGGUGAUGACCGCGGCGACAUGGAGUUCCCGGAGCACGGCGGGCGGUUGCUGGGCCGCCUGAGGCAGCAGCGCGAGCUGGGCUUCCUGUGCGACUGCACCGUGCUGGUGGGCGACGCGCGCUUCCCGGCCCACCGCGCCGUGCUGGCCGCGUGCAGCGUCUACUUCCAUCUCUUCUACAGGGACCGGCCCGCCGGGAGCCGCGACACCGUGCGGCUCAACGGCGACAUCGUCACGGCACCCGCCUUCGGUCGUCUGCUGGACUUCAUGUACGAGGGCCGCCUGGACCUGCGCAGCCUGCCCGUCGAGGACGUCCUGGCGGCGGCCAGCUACCUGCACAUGAACGACAUCGUCAAGGUCUGCAAGGGCAGCCUCAGGGAGAAGGGCCGCGUGCCGCCCCCGGAGACCCCGGCCCCCGGCGCGGAGCCGCCUGGCCGGUCCCCGCGCCCCCUGCCUGCCUGGGCCCCCGAGCUCUGUCCAGCCGCCCGGAAGGCCAGGCUUCCUCUGGCCAGGGUCAAGUUCACCCGCCCUCCACCAGCACUGGGGCCUCCUCCCUGGCAGGUCCCAGCAGAAUCGGGCGGGGCGCUGGACCUGUCGCUGAAGCGUGGCCCGGGGCAGGAGCCAGUCCGCCCACCCUGUGUCCUCCAGGUAGCCCCCUGCAGCCGGAGGAAGCAAGGGCCCCAGGCUCUAGUGAAGGAUGAGCCGGACUCACUGUCGGAACAGGAGGACUGCGGCGCCCCUCGAAGCCCCCCCAGUCCCCUGCAGCCGCCCCGUAUUCCUGCCGCCACGCGCCUGGCAGGGGGCUUGGAGCCGCUGCAGCUCAGCGAGGUGGGCAGUGGGGAACUGGAGCUGGAUACGGCGCGCGGGGCAAUGGAGGAUGAGCUGGGGCCCGGCGGGCACCUCUGCAUCUGCCCACUGUGCAGCAAGCUGUUCCCCAGCGCCCACGUGCUGCAGCUGCACCUCAGCGCCCACUUCCGUGAACGGGAUGGCAGCCGUGCCCGGCUCUCGCCCGACGGUACCGUGCCCACCUGCCCGCUCUGCCGAAAGACUUUCUCCUGCACGUACACGCUGAAGAGGCACGAGCGCACGCACUCGGGCGAGAAGCCCUACACGUGUGAGCAGUGCGGCAAGAGCUUCCAGUACUCCCACAACCUGAGCCGCCACGCCGUGGUACACACGCGGGAGAAGCCGCACGCCUGCCGCUGGUGUGAGCGCCGCUUCACGCAGUCGGGGGACCUCUACCGCCACGUCCGCAAGUUUCACUGUGGACUGGUCAAGUCCCUGCUGGUGUGACGCGUCCCUGCAGGGGUGAGGGUGGAAGGAAGGGGCAGGACCUCCCAGAUGGGACACUGGGAUGGAGGCUGAGGGGCCAGAACUCAGCAGAUGGAAGCCCUGGAGGCCGGCCUGCCCAGCAGAGAGCCCUGCUGUCCCUGGAACGUAGCGUCGGACUUGCCUUGCCUCUCUGCCCCAACUCACUCCUGCUCCCAGAGACACAGUCCUCCUCUCCAUCUCCUCCAGCCAGUCCUAAGGGGCGUCUGAAGGGCUCCUCUGCCUGGGCCCAGGCUCCCCACGGGAGGAGGCAUGUUUACCCUCCAUCCACGCUCCCCUGACCACCAUGCUGGCAUGCUUGGGGUGCCCUCAGCAAGCCUGGCACCACGCUUGGUGAAGGAUGCAAGUGCCACAGAUGCUGUCAGUGUGAGUCCCUGACAGGGAGCUCAGAUGAAACAGGCCAUUCCUGGUGGGUGGCAGCGGGAGCCCCCGCAGGAGAGACCUUGGGCACCAUGAGAGCCAGCAGGGGCCAUCCAGGCACAGCUGAUGUUGCAGGGGUGCAGGCCCCAACAGAGACCCCAGGGCGGCAGGAGCAGAGCCCGCCAAAAGCUUAGUGGCCCUGGAGUUAAAGGCGCGGGCGGGGAGGUGGGUGAUCAGAGCCUUCGGUCCUGACCACGCUGUAAGUCAGGGUAGCGGAAGCUGGGAUUUGGAAGUGAUUCUCUGUAGAUGCAGAAAGAGCCUCUGGGGCUGCCAGCUGUCUGCCUGUGGGCGACGGGGCAUGCCGCGCCCCCGCCUGAUCACAGGGUCCCAGGCACCUCUCAGCAUCCCUGGGGUGGAGUCGAGGAGGGCUGGGAGCACAGCCACCCACCUUGAGUGUCGCAGGUCGUGGCAGGGCUGGCCCUGAAGUUCUCUUGUCUGCCUGUUUGGGGUCUCCCUGGAGCUGCUGGUCAUUUCCAGAGCACUGGGCAGGGGGCCCAAAGGCUGCUUAUGAGGAGCAGUGUUUGCUGGGUUUCCCUUCCCUGCAGGGGGGUUGUGGGUGAAAGCGGCUCGGGAGGGCAGGUGCGAGGGGAUGUCAGCCGGCCACUGGGCUGGGGCCCCAGCCCCCUCCCCACGCACAGCCUGGAGAGGCUGAUGUUCCUGGGACUUCAAAGGCCACCGCAGUCCUGUCCGGUAGGGGGCACCCCAUCUGCUCACCAGGCAGAUCUUGCUCCCAGAACCUAAGAGGUCCUGCGGGCGACAGAGCCACCUGGACUCUGGUUUCCCCGACCAUAUGGGCUCCUUCUGCCGUGACUGAAAGUGGUGCUGAGGUUAGAGUUCAAGUUUAAAUUAUUUUUUUGGCUCCUGACAACACUUGAUGUCAUAUCUAUUCGUCUGCCUGGCCUGGAGUGAGAGGACCAUUGGCCUUUGCAGCAGGUGGCCAGGCAGGGUUGGUUCCCCUCGGCAGGCCCUGGGCUCUCGUGGUGCAUGGGCUGUGUGGGCGGCUGGCCUGCAGACCAGAGAGGGAGCUGGGGGAAGGAGAACCGGGCUUCUGAUUGCCCUGGCCUCCCGCCUUCCACCUCCAGAAGGGCUGGUGGGACCUCACAUGCGGCACGAUGUGCUCCAUGGUCGGUUUCCUUGUGCGUGUGCGUGCAUGCAUGUGUGUGUCCGUCUGUCUUGUGUGGGCAUGUAGGUCCAGCAAGGCGGGGCCCGAGCCCACCAGCAGUGGUAGGCAGCCACCCCGCGACCCCAGCAGGCAGCUGGGAGACAGGCAGCGGUCCUGGUUUUCCCCAAGGGGUUUCCACCGGGGAAGAAAUUGACUUUCCUGGGGCAGGAAGCCGGCCCCGAGUUAUCAACACUGGAUUCAUUGUCUUCCACAGUUACUGUGAAGUUCAUGUACGGAGAAGUGGUCAGUUUUAAAUUUAGUAACUGACACAGUUCAGAUGAAAUACACACACACACACACACACACACACACACACACACAUUUAAGACACUAAUUGUGUGGGAUUGUGUAGCAGAGGUGUGUGUAGAGGCGUUUGGGUGGAGCCUGCUGUGUGGGGCCCCCCCGGGUGGCCCAGCCUCCUGCCCACUGCUCUGCCCCUGAGGAGUGGCUCCAGGCCCGGAGGCCAGUCGCUGGGUGGGAGGGUGUCUGCUCACGCCCCCUGCCGUGACAGUCUGGAAAUGAGUGCUGCCUUCCUGUGUGCGCAUCAUCGUCUCAAUGACAGUGGUAAUAAAGCCCACCCCCGGUGGA